ACCUCAACCUUUGGAAAAUAGACCGUCUCAUCAGAAGUCAAACAGAGCAAAAAAGAAAACUGGUCUGGUUCCUUUGCACAAGGCAUACGAAUCCCCCCAUGGCUGCCGCUAGAAGCCCCUCCCAUUCUCAAAACGACGACGUACAGCACCCAGAUCCAAACCCUACCCAAGCACCGCAAUCCGAAACCCUAGAUCUCCCAACCUCACCUCAACCGCUUGAACCAGCAGACUCUGUUCUCAUUCUAGACGCUGACGAUCAACAAUCAGGUACAAUUCGCACAGCUCUUCCUGAACCAAUCGUACUCACUGACGACACUGAAAAGGUGACGUCACCGAGUAACCAGCGCCGUGUUAACAACAAGCGCAAGAAAGCCAGUACUCGUAAAACCUAUAAACGCAAACGCCCUACGAAAAAAGUGCAAAACCUAACGAAUAUUCUGAACCCUAUCCCUUUUGUACCCGCCAAAACGUUAGAUCUAGAUAAGCAUGAGGAGGUUUUGAAACGGGUAGGGUUGUAUGAUUUUAGUAAAAUUGAGUUUGAUAGGAGUUUGAGAAACGAUUUGAUUGUUCAGUUGAUUGCGAAUUAUGAUGCGAAGAAGCGGUGUAGUUAUGUGAAUGAUUCGAGGAUUAAUGUGAAUAGGGCGGAUUUAGGUAGGACUUUGAAGUUGCCGCCUGCGAAACAGGAUAGGGCAAGCGGUGGUGUGGAGGAGGUGGAUUUGGAUUCGGAGGUGUUUUCGGAUGAGGCGAUUGUGUUUAUUGAGGAUUUUGUGGCGAAUUGGAUGGUUUUACGUGAUGAGUCGAGUGCGAGUGUUGUGCCGGCGGAGAUUGUGAAUUGGACUAGGUGUAUUAAGGAUGGGCAUCCGGAGAAGUUGGAUUCGGCGAGUUUGAUGUGGUAUAAGGUUGAGAAGGAGUUGACUCAAGGGGAUAAGCUUGUUAAUUGUUACUAUGCCUCCCAUUUGCAGUACUUGAUAAAGUCGCAACGACCUAUGUUUUUUAAGGAGGAGGAUGGGGAGGAUGAUGAUGGCGAAGAACAUGUGAUUGUCGAGGAAGAAAAAGAAGAAAAAGAGGAAAGAGAAGAAGAAGAAGAAGAGAAGAAUGAAAACGGAGAGAAAGAUGAAAAAGAAGAGAAGGAUGAAGUCGGAGAGAAGGAUGAAAGCGGAGAGAAGGAUGAAAGCUUAGAGAAGGAUGAAAGCGGAGAGAAGGAUGAAAAACAAGAGAAGGAUGAAAAACAAGAGAAAGAGGAAAAAGAAGAGAAAGAGGUUGAAGUAGAAAACGUAUCUGUAGUUCAAGAACAGAAUAUCGAGUUGAAUUUAGGGACAGAAGUUGAGGAAAUAGCGCACGAAGAGUCUACAAAAGAUGAUGAAACGAUGGUGGAUGCUGAAGAAGGCAAUGAAGAGAUGGAAAAACAGGUGGACUUCAAGAACGUACUGGGUGAUCAUUUCUUGCAGCGUUGUCAAAGUAGUGAUUUGAAUAAUUUUGAAGCAAUUAAGGUUCAAGAAGAUGAAGAUGAAGAUGAACAGGUUGAACAUGUGGAGGACGAAGAUGAUGAAGAAGAAGAAGAAGGCGGUGAAAGGUUGGAUGAAGGAUUUGACAUUGAGGCGAAUGAUGAUUCAUUUGAUAGGGCUGGAUUGACUGAUAAUUUCCUUCAAGGAGUUGAAACAUCUCAUAAUCCUUAUAAUUCUCAUGGGAUGUCUUCCAUGGAUCUGUUUGGUUCAAGAGAUGGUUCGUUUAUGUCUCAUGGUGGUCCAUCAUUCUACAACAAUGGCGGUAAGAGAGUCAUGGAGCCUGAAGAGGACAUCCACCAUCUCGAUCAAAACAGUAAAAGACUAAAAACCGAUGAAAUAUGGGAUCCGAAACAGAAUGACAUUGGUUUCUGCUUUGAUCAAAUGCAGCAAUAUCUGCAAAAAGCUAAGAUGAUUCACGAGUCAAAAGAACGAAGCUAUGAGAACUUACAAUACAAUCAGCAAAUGGCGGUGGAUCAGCUGCAAGAACGCCAACAGAUUAUGGAAAUGAUUAUAAAAUCAAAGGAUGAAGAUUUGGAGAAGAAGCAUGCUGAGGUUUUUCGUCUUGAACGCGAGCUUUAUUUGAUGGGUGAUCUUUUAGCAGGGUAUAGGAAGGCUUUGAAUGAUACGCGAUUCAAAUUUUCUGAGUACAGAAAACGUUUUGCCCUUCAAGAAGAACCGCUUUAUAAAGAUGCAGGCCCGGGUGGUUUGGUUUUGAGUACGCGGGAAAUAGAGAAACAACGGUUAAAGAAACAAGAAGAAAUGAUGAAGUUUCAGACUCUUGCAAAGAAUAUUGAAGACGAAUAUGUUUAUCAAUUGGAAAUGCAAACUACUAGACUUUCACCAAUGGUUGAUAAGUUGGUGUUUAUUGAGAAUGAAGUGCAAAAGCUCAAAGAAAUAACUAAACAACCGAAAGAGACCCGGGACGAGCCGAUUGCUGUGCUGGAACCAUCUGUUGAGCCUGAAGAGACUCAGAAAUUAGUGGACGAAGAUGAAUUACUCGUUGAGCCCGAAAAGGAUCAGAAAUCAAUGGAUGAAGAUGAAUGUUCCGUUGAGCCUGAUAAGAAUCAGAAAUCAAAGAAUGAAGAUGAAUGUUCUGUUGAGCCCGAAAAGAAUCAGAAAUCAGCGGAUGAAGAGGAUUGUUCCGUUGAGCCCGAAAAAGAUCAGAAAUCAAUGGAUGAAGAUGAGUCUUUGGUUGAGUUCGAAAAGAAUCAGAAAUCACCGGUUGAAAUCCCUGAGAAUGAUUCUAGCAUGGAAGAUGUUCUUCCUGAUGCUGGUGAAUCAGAGGAAAAGAGAGAUGGCGGAGAAGAUUGAUAAUCAUUGGCUUAUGUCGAGAUGAAACUUUUGUUUUAAUUCUAAUUUGUGUGGGAUUUGAUUGUUGUAGUUUGUUUUAUCGUUGUAUGCUCACUUUUAUUUGUUUAGAUGUAGAGAUGCAUAAGAGUGAACUUGAAUUAUAAUUUGUCCCAUAUUGUUGUAAUAAUUUCGGUUUUUUCAAGCA